GCGUUUAAAGAAAUAGUUUUGCUGAAAAGUGGCGGUGAUGGAAGAGAGGUGAAUAUUUGCGGAUUUACAAGUAGUGCUACGUAUAUGUUGCUUGAUCGUGGGCGGAUAGAAUAUCCAAAAUGCCUUCGGAAAAGCGACGUACAAAAGAAGACACAUGGAAAGAGGCAGAUUUGAAAAAAUCUAUCAAGGAUGCUCACAAAGAUUCUGAGAGAAGAUCAAAAGAUGAUCGAGACAAAAGAAGAGAUAGGGAUAAAGAUCGAGACAGGGACAGAGAUAAAGAAAGAGACAGGGAAAGGGAAAAGGACAGAGAUAGGGAUAGAAAAGACAGACACAGAGAAAAUGGAGAUUCAGGCAGUAGAGACCGUAGGAAAGAUGACAGAGACAGGAAAGAUAGAGAUAGAAAGAAAGAAGAGGAAAGCAAGAGACGCGAUGACAAAGACAGAGACAAAAACAGAGACAGAGAUCAUGAAAGCAGUAGCCGUCACCGCGAUGACCGACGUUCUAAGGAUGAUGACCGCCACAGGAGCAGCAGGGACAAAGACAACCGAGACAAAGAGGAUCGAAAAAGAAAAGACGAUGAUCAUCGGCGUGACGACAAGCGUGGCGGCAAGGAUGAGGUAAAUGGUGAUAGAGAAAAGAGAAGCGGUCACCACAGGGAACGGGAUGAUAGUGAUAGGAAACACAGGGAUCAGGACAGGGAGAGAAAACAUAGGGAAGAGGGGGAGAAACAUGAGAGAGAGCAUAAACGUCAUGGGGAGGGGGAGAGAUCUAGGGAGAGAGACCGAGAGAGAGACAGGGAGAGAGAUAGUAGACACAGAUCACAGGAGAAUAGAAAGGAGGACAGUAGAGAUGACCGACACAGGAAAUCAAGAGAUCAUGACUCCAAGGAAAGGAGGAAAGAGGAUGACAAAAGGAAAGAAGACAGAAGGAGAGAUGAUGACAGAAGAGAGAGGAGAAAAGAUGAUGACAGAAGAGAUAGAGACAGAGAGAAGGACAGAGAAAGAGAAAAGGAGAGAGAGAGAGAAAAAGACAAAAAUCGAGAAAAAGACAGAGAUAGAGAAAAAAGAGACAGAGACAGGGAUAAAGAUAGAGACAGAGAAAGGGAUAGAGAUAGGGAUAGAGAUAAAGACAGAAGAGAGAGAGAUAAAGACAGAGACAGAAGAGAGAGGGAUAAAGAAAGGGAUAGAACCAAAGACAAGGAGAGAGAUAGAGACGGGGAGAAGGAUAGAGAUAAAGAAAGAGAUAGGGAGAGGGAUAGAGGCAAGGAGAGGGAUAGAGACAGGGAAAGAGAUAGAGAUAGAGACAGAAGCUCCAGAGAUGAGGACAAAGGCAGAGAAAGAAACAAAGACAGGAGUUCCAGAGAUGACAAGCGAGAGGAGAAGUCAUCUAGUUUUAAGGCAAGCAAAGAGGAAGAGUCUAGCACAGUGAUCGAGGAAGUUUCGGAAAAGUCAGAGCUGAAAGAGGAGAAGGAAGUAAAAUGGGGUGGUGCAGAUGAUGCGGGUGCUGACGAGGAAGAGCAGGGUUACGAUGAUUAUGAUGAUGACUUUGAGGAUUAUGAUGAUGACUUUGAAGAUGAAGAAGAAGAUUCUGCAGAUGCUAGAGCUGUAAGUAUCUAA